AUGCAGACGUUGGGAGAACAAGACUUUGACGAGCAGCAAGUGGAUGAGGUCGUCUUAGACCCCAGCAAACCAGAUCAAACCGUUAAAAUAGGAGCUGCGUUAUCUCCCGACGUCCGUCAACAGAUAAUAGAUUUUUUAAAGGCUAACGCUGACUGUUUUGCAUGGUCCCACGAGGACGUCACAGGGAUAGAUCCCGACGUGAUCACACACAGACUCAACGUCGACCCCAAUCACAAGCCAGUCAAACAGAAAAGACGUAAAUUUGCUCCCGAGCGGAAUCAAAUCAUCAACGACGAAGUCCAAAAAUUAAUCGACACCGGCAAGGUAAGGGAAGUAAAAUAUCCUGAUUGGUUAGCUAACGUCGUCGUUGUAGGUAAGAAAAAUGGGAAGUGGAGAGUCUGCAUAGACUUUACCGAUCUCAACAAAGCAUGUCCUAAGGACUCGUUCCCCCUGCCGCACAUUGAUGCCCUAGUAGACGCCACAGCCGGACAUGAGUUGCUGUCGUUCAUGGACGCCUUCUCAGGAUACAAUCAAAUACUCAUGCAUCCCGAGGAUCAAGAGAAGACGUCAUUCAUCACCGAUCGUGGCAUUUAUUGUUACAAGGUUAUGCCGUUCGGACUAAAGAAUGCUGGCGCAACUUAUCAACGUCUGGUCAACGCCAUGUUCAAAGAUCAACUGGGGGACACCAUGGAGGUCUACAUAGAUGAUAUGCUGGUUAAGUCUAAAAAUUCACACGACCACGUGUCGCACCUACAGCAAUCAUUCGACGUCAUUCGAAGGUAUGGCAUGAAACUUAAUCCCACAAAGUGUUCUUUUGGAGUGUCUGCAGGUAAAUUUUUAGGGUACAUUGUCACGAAGCGGGGCAUCGAGGCCAGCCCAGAUCAAAUCAAGGCUAUCCUCAACAUCCAAUCGCCGCGAAAUGUAAAGGAAAUACAGAAGCUAACAGGACGUGUCGCGGCGUUGAAUCGCUUCAUUUCAAAGUCUUCAGACAUGUGUCGUUUGCUCUAUGACGUCUUAAAGAAAAAUAAAGGAUUUAACUGGACGCCAGAACAUGAGCAGGCCCUCCAAGACCUCAAGCAGUACCUCAUGACGCCACCGUUGCUGUCUAAGCCAAUAGCUGACGAGCCAUUACAGCUAUAUGUCGCCGUCAGUGAGUCAUCGGUAAGUGCCGUCCUAGCCAGAGAAGGACAAGACGGACGAUUGCCAGUGUACUAUGUAAGUAAGUCAUUGGUCGACGCCGAAACCAGGUAUUCUUCUCUAGAAAAGUUCGUCCUAGCAAUAGUGACGGCAUCCAAAAAAUUAAAACAUUAUUUUGAAGCGCAUUCUAUCUGUGUCAAAACUAACUAUCCCGUCAAGUCUAUUUUAAGGCAUCCAGAAUUAACAGGCAGAAUGAGCAAGUGGGCAAUAACAUUAAGCAGCUACGACAUCACUUAUCAACCUCGAACAGCGAUCAAAUCGCAAGCAUUAGCGGAUUUUGUGGCUGACUUUAGCCCUACACUAGAGGCGAUAGCCCAGACGGAGGUAAGUAUGCUUGAAGUCAAUACAACUAACAGUAAAUGGAUCUUACAUGUAGAUGGGUCUUCCAACUUUCGGGGCGCCGGCUUAGGCGUAUUGCUAAAGUCGCCACAAGGGGACAUCAUAGCCCGAGCUAUCAGUUGCGACUUCAAAGCUACCAACAACGAGGCAGAGUACGAGGCAUUGUUAGCAGGAUUAACGUUGUCUAAAGACCUAAAAGCUACUGAAGUAGAGGCAUACAGUGAUUCGUUGCUCAUCGUCAGCCAGAUAAAAGGGGAAUUUGCCGCCAAAGACUCCAAAAUGACGGCGUAUCUCAACGCCGUCCAGUCAAAGGUAAAAUCUUUUGGCAAGUUUGACAUCUUUCAGAUUCCCAGGGACCAAAACACGCAAGCGGAUGCAUUGGCAAACAUUGGGUCAGCCAUGAGAAAGUCAGAAUUCAAAGGCAUACCUAUAGUGCAUUUGUCGUCGCCAGCGGUCCACAAAGCAACCACAGUUGAUGACGUCAACAAUAUUGCGACGGACGUCAAUGACAUCGACGUCAGUAACGCUGCAGCUGCGUCAACAAGCUGGCAGACCCCGUUUAUCCAAUAUCUUAAAGACGGAACCCUCCCCGAAGAUAGGCUACAAGCCAGAAAGGUACGAUUCAGGGCCUCAAUGUAUGUUUUGCUUGAUGGUAUACUCUUUCGGAAGUCUAUUGCAGGACCAUACUUGAGAUGUCUCGACGGUGACGAAUGCCGACAAGUGUUGCAAGAGAUGCACGAUAGAUGUUGCGGCAAUCAUUCAGGAGGACGCAGCCUGUCGAACAGAACUUCAUGCAUGGGAUAUUAUUGGCCGACGUUACGACGAGACGCCGUCGAAUAUGCUAAGAAGUGCGACGCCUGCCAGCGUCAUGCCGCCAUGUCGCACCAACCUGCGGAGAAACUACACCCUACCAUCACUCCAUAG